AUGGACGACACGUCGAACCAGAGCGAGGCAUCCAACGUCAGCACGCAGGCGGGCGAUUAUCGCUUGGAGGACAUCGACCUGGGCGCGGACGGGAGCGCGUUUCUGCGCAUCCUCAUCUCCGUGGUCUACUCCGUGGUGUGCGCGGUGGGUUUGAUAGGGAACCUGCUCGUCCUCUUCUUCAUGCGGCUCCGACAGGGGCGCAAAAAGUCGGCCAUCAACUUUUUCAUCAUCAACCUGGCGGUGACGGACUUCCAGUUCGUGCUGACGCUGCCUUUCUGGGCGGUGGACACGGCGCUGGACUUCAGCUGGCCGUUCGGGAACGCCAUGUGCAAGGUGGUGCUGUCCGUCACCGUCAUGAACAUGUACGCCAGCGUCUUCUUCCUCACCGCCAUGAGCGUCACCAGGUACCUGUCCGUCACCUCGGCGCUCAAGAAGUCCUCGCACCGGUGGUCGCGGUGCGUAAAGUGGGUGUGCGCGGUGCUGUGGGUGGCGGCCACGCUCGCCACGGCGCCCACCGCCGUCUUCUCUGCAGUGACUGUAGUCGCCGGGGAAAAACUCUGCCUGCUUAAAUUCCCGGAGGGACACGACUGGCUCGCUCUUUAUCACAUCCAAAAAAUACUGGUGGCGUUUAUCAUCCCGCUGCUGAUCGUCUCCGUCAAUUACAUCAUGCUUUUGCGCUUCAUUAAGCGCAAAAGCAUGCGCGCCAGCAACCAAAAGAGGAGAUCAAAAGUCACCAAAUCCGUCGCCAUCGUCGUUUUGUCCUUUUUCUGCUGCUGGAUGCCCAACCACGCCAUCACCUUCUGGGGCGUCCUGGUCAAAUUUAACGCGGCCAAUUGGGAUAAGUCCUACUUCAUGGUGCACACCUACGUGUUCCCGGUCACCGUGUGCUUGGCGCACGCCAACAGCUGCUUGAACCCGGUACUCUACUGCCUCAUGAGGCCAGAGAUCAGGAAGAUGCUCAGCGCGUUAGUCUGGAGGACUCCCAGUCCGUGCGCCAACACCAGCGGCAAGGCAUGCAAGGCGCGCUCUUUUACGCGCGGAGACACCCGUGACGCAGCACGGACUGCCGAAAACGCGGAGUUGAACUUGUCCGUGGUGGACCACAAGGGAACCACUAGCUCCAAAAUGGUCCCGUUCAGCUCUUAAGUCAGUGGUUC